AUGCCUUCAGAGAUUGGCAGCUCUGACUUCCUCUUUGGAAUGUUUCCUUUUGAACCAGACUGUAAGAAGUUUGAUACCCUUGAGAACACCGUAAAUAUUUUCUUGGCGCGGGAGGAGGCUGCAAGGGCCGAUGAGAUUGCCAAGGCUCAGGCCACCUGGGCCGGAGGUGACAUGAUCUUCAGAAAGAUCAUCCGCAAGGAAAUCCCAGCCAAAAUAAUUUUUGAGGAUGACCAGUGUAUUGCUUUCCAUGACAUUUCCCCUCAAGCACCAACUCAUUUUCUGGUGAUACCCAAGAAACAUAUUUCCCAGAUUUCUGUAGCGGAAGAUGAUGAUGAAAGUCUUCUUGGACAUUUAAUGAUUGUUGGCAAGAAAUGUGCUGCUCAUCUGGGCCUGAAGAAUUAUUAUCGAAUGGUGGUGAAUGAAGGUUCAGAUGGGGGACAGUCUGUCUAUCAUGUUCAUCUCCAUGUCCUUGGAGGCCGGCAGAUGAAUUGGCCUCCUGGUUAAGCAUGUUUUAGGGAUAAUUUUCCCUUCUCUAGGCAAUGGUCAAUAUUUUUAAGUUCCAGUAUGUUAAACAGUAUACUUACUUUUG